AUGGCCGCUUCUUGGCGCCUUCCGAUCGAUCCAGCCAUGCGAGAGAUCCGUACUGGCUCGCGAGAUACCACACGCAGAGCAGGAAAACUAGUUCUCAUCUGCGCUGCGCUCUCCGAUUUUGCUUUUAAGACGCUAUUUAUAAAGACCUCACUUGUGGAAACUAAAGAUUUUUUAACUAAGGUUUUUAGGCUCCACUGAAAACUAAAGAUGAAGCACAAGGAAGCAGUACUUAGAUGUCUUUCAUCUACGUCUACGUCUACCAUUGUUGUUCUACCUGAAAAUUGGCUACAGUCGUGGGAGUGCAAAUACUUAAUCAUCUCUAAAGCAAGUAAAAUCUUCUCUAACACCUCUUUCCUGCAUUCUCAACAUCAACGUGGCUUUGCUGGAGUAUGGGCACAGAAGCAGAGCAAGGCAGAAAUGGACUUUCCACAGGGUGGCACCAGUCGGAAGCACAUCUUCGCCUCAGCUCCCCUCCGAGAAGCAUCAGUAUUGAACCAGACGAUGUACGUGGAGCUACUGGGCAGACACAAGAGCGUGUCGUACGAUUUGAAUUCACUUAUGGACGAGAAGUUUGAAUCUGAUUCUCUACUAAGCCGUAAGGUUGGCAAGAAGAUUACAACAUUUUUAGAUGCUCGCUCUAUUCUAACUUACAGUGGAAAACGAUGGAGCAGGGAUUUCUGAACUCGUACCCCUAUCAUGGAAACACGAGAACGCGACUGAACAAAGACGCAAGGGGUGUCAAUCUGUGCGUCUACCUGAGUCUCGAACAUCACUGCAAGCUUCCUCCAAAUUAUGGCAGCGCUACUCCCUGACGUCUUCGCUUUGUCAUGGAUGGACUUCGAUUACUCGUAAACUCAAGAUAACCGAGUAAAACGUUGGUGUUGGCAGUGCUCAAGCUGGAGGCUUGUUCAAGCGGAUUACUUAGUCAGGUGUGACAGCUUGAAUAAUGGGUGUCGUGACUUGUGUUCGUGAGACUUCAACUUCUUUUAAAAAUAGUAAUUGGAGGCUAGUUGUCGUUGUUGGGUAUAAAUUUUCUACCUAUAAACAUGUUAGUCCACGGAUGCGUGCCUAACGUCUUCGCCUUGUCUUUGAUGGACCCCCCCUUGAGGAAAAGGUUGAAGACAUGAAACUCCUCCUCCUCCUUCAUACAAAGGAUCCAAGCGAGGUCUUAUUUGUGGCACCAGAUACGCUACAGCUUUUUUCGUACAUGAAUAGACCUGUGCUGCAAUUCACUGGGCGUCUGAGGGCAAUUUUUUCCGUCUUAGACGCCUUUUUUGGAGUGGAUGGCUCCUUCUCGGUCGUCGAAUUGGGAAGCGCGAAAGGGUAAAUAGUACCUCUAGGUUACGUAAGGUGAUAUCAGGGGACCACACACAACUACAAGAUUCUCUGUCCCAGCAGCACUGCUCUCGAUGUAAGGGUAGCCCACUUCCACAUUCGUAGGUAGAAGUGAUUGCGAUUCUGAAUAAAGUCACGUAAUUAUAAACAAGCAAGGUAUUUCGCUCUGGAGAUGGCGAAUCGGUAUCGAUCAAGUAGGAUAUAUGCGAUAGAAGGAGCAGCUGGGUUGGGUACAACGACAGCAGGUGAGAACGCAGCGAGUUUUUCUGAUGGCGCAACCUUGGUAUUGAGGGAGGAAAAGUUAGGACAGAUAGACGAGUUGCGGACGACAUCCAGGCAACAAAAUACACCCUUGAUGCUCUUCUAGUACUAAUUCUGGUAGGGCAAGAACAGCAAGUACUUUUGCAAGGAUGAAGUAUGGAAAAAGAUUAUAGUAUGUCUGGCAACGAUAGAAGAUACAUGCAGCUGUCUGCCUCUAACACUCGCCACGCGUAUGCAAGCAAUGUGGGUGGCACUUUUGAGGAUGGAAGACCGUCUCAGAAUCGUACCUGAGACGUGGCACAGCAUCGGAGUAUCAAAAACAGCACGGAAAACGCAACGCUUCUACAUUAUGGCGAAUUGUAGUGGUCAACUUUAUUUAGUUUUGCCCUCGGCAUUUGGGGUAGUCGGAACGUCACUUAGUUAUAGGUGGCAGUGUCCUUGUCCGCUUAGUAUGAUUGCGAGAAGCUAACGCUCAGGUCUUUCAUCACGUUUACGUUUUCAAUUUAAUCUUCCUUCAUGAGCAUCUGCAGUUAAUAGCACUAAGCGCUACCACCUUCCUCAUGAUUAUCACGAAAGUUAAGAUAAAUUGACUACACUCACCAUCUUCUAAACAAAAAGAAGCAAUGUCAGAAAUGAUUGGGAAAAGGGUGCACAAUAGUCUUCUUCCGAUUUGCGCAAACUUCACGUGCAACAGCAAAGCAGAGGACCAGGCAGGUGAUUAUGAUAGAGUUAGAGAGAGGAGCCAGAUUGUGAUCAUAGAGAUUGAAUGAAGAGACUGAGACAGCAGCAGGAAUAGCCUUAUAAUAGAAGCUAUGGGUGGAGCCGAGGGCAAGCAGUAGGUGAUCGGGUAAGGAUCGCAACACAAAGCGCACACAUGACAUGGCAGGGAGUCAUCUUCAUCCGUACGUAGUAGAGUCUGCGCCUGUGGCUGGGUUUGUAGUCAGUAUGAUUUGGUUGGACUGAACAUCGAUCAAAGAAACAGAAUCUUCUAAGAAAUCGAAAACAGUGGCUUCGCUGCGCAACACUUCAAUGGGGGCCUUGGCAUGCAUUAUUCAGACUGGACAGACGCAAAUGGGUUCCUCAACAAAGAAGCACUAGAGGACGCGAUAUUUGCGAAUCAUAACGACGCGUUAUGGAAUGGAAAUUCUCAUAAUGAAGUUUUUCGCAAUAGGAAUCUGGUAAAUGGUAACUUUAGAAGGAUUCGAAACCUAACGUGCAUCUGGUCAGUCUUGACCACAGAAGUAGCAAUUAUAAUUGUUACAACUGUGUCAUGUGUCGCUGUAGUACGUGUUGAUGUAGUCGCCAUUUUUUUCAUCAGAAUAUGUACCAUCAGUACUUCUAUGGUGAGGUGUGUCGAGAAUGACAGUGAAUCUAUCGUAGUUCACGUUACACAUCCUUAUUCUACAGGAGAUGAGGAGUCUGGAUUUCGAAUUUCGAGUUGCUCGAGUGCCCUCUUUCAUGACCAACAGCAGGCGUAGUGAACACGACAAGCGCUGCGUAUCUCUCGCCAUUUAACACCGAGAAAGAGCUAAAAGCCUUCCGACCACCAGAUGUGCUUUUGUCUUUAUGGCAAGAACAACAAGGUGUAAAACUAGAACUACUUCUUACUUAAUAGAGUUAGAACGACAAGAUGAACCACGAUCAGGAGUAAGUGCUUAUAUGCUAGCAAUACCAAAGGAAAAGACGAGAGAAGAUCGUCAAGGUGGUGGUUUGAAGAAGUUGAAGGUUGUAGCGGUCCUUGUCGUAGUAUCUUCACGUGCACUUCUACGUUCUAAUAUGCCUCUCCGUUUUCCACCAUUUGCAUUCGCAUUCGGUGAAGUUGAAAUUCGUAGACGCAGAAAGCAGGGAGAACCUCGUAGACCUUGGUGCGAGCGUUUUACAAACGUUAUGAAAAAGAACAACACUAGCGUGAGUUUGCAACUGAUGUAGCAGGAAAUGAAAUAGUAAGCACAAGGAGAAGAAUAAUAAUAAAGCAAGGCAGCGAAAGUGAAAGACUUAGAAGGUGAUGGAUUUGGAAACGACUAUGCACAGUACUGCAUAGCUCCUGUCUACGGCUGGAUGAAAGGCUUCUGAGCAUUAAAUUUGAGAGACUUCUUCGCGACUUUUGCUGUCUCAGCAUCAGCUAAAAAGCAUUUGAGAGACUUCUUCGCGACUUUCGCUUUCGGAUCUAAGCUAAGCUCCGGUCCAUUUCUUCGAGCUUCCUGCAGAAAAUUUGCUCCGAACGAUGUGGACCUUUUUUCCAGACGCGGAGAGCUUCCUGCUGGAAGCGUGUGAACGUUAUGACACUGACUUCUAUUCGAAAACUCAAAAUAACCGAGUUACUGACCUAAACCCUAAACCCUAAACCCUACCCUAAACCCUAGAAAGCCAAUUUUUGAUAGUUCUCUCUGAUGUUGAUCCAGACCACGUCGUAUGUGAUCAGAGGCACUAGCUUAUAGCAUCAAGGCUACUCUUCCUUCUCUACAGUAUCUCGGUUAUUCUCGUCUGUUACUCGCUUAUUUUAGUUUUUCGAGUAGGUAAAACAACAACUGUGAUGUAAGUAGGCAUUUUUUCGUAAGAAGACACACCAUGGUCUUCAGCAUGGGAUGAAUAUAUAUGAUGGCUCUUCGCUCUUCAAGAGCGGAAAAGUAUGUCUGCCUGUGCCUUCGAUGGAUCCCGACCUAAUCUAGGUUAACGAAUCUAGGUUAUCUGACCCCGACCUAAUCUAGGUUAACGAAUCUAGGUUAUCUGACGCCGACCUAAUGCUAAUCUAGGUGAACGAAUCUAGGUUAUCUGACCCCGACCUAAUCUAGUUAAGGGUAGGUUAAAGGUGCUUUUCUUACCGCUUUUUAUGCCUCCCCUAAGGGAGAAAGGCAUAGCAAGCGGGGUAAGCGAGCACCAAAAGCCUACCUCUGAUCUAGGUGAACGAAUCAAGGUCAUCUGCUUCUUCUAACAGCCGGCUUUUGGGCCACAAUAUCCCUCAGAUCCAGCAAAGGCGGCAAAAACCCAACCUGUGACGGAAGAACUAUACGACGAAAUGAUGAGACACCGGAAAGGCUUAUGGCUUCACUUUAGUCAUGGUGAACGUGAAGGUCGAGAAACAUGAAAGUGCAAUUGCAAACUUCCUACCAGGAUUGAAUAGAUUGCUUAUCCCCUUACCAGGCUUUCCACUUCCACGUCCGUUUCCAUUCUUGGAGGCACACUGCUGGAAUUGAUUUGUCCCCUCAUUAGGCUUGGAGUACUAAAUGGGACACCAUGAAUGAACUUCCUACGAUAUUAAAUACGUGUAGAUGAAAUAAAAGCUUUUUGAUCUACUUCCUGCAGCUGCUGCCUUCGCAACGCAACCCCCUCUCCAGUUUAUUCUCCUUCUUCAUACUCCGGCCCCAAACCUUCCUCGUAUUCGUCUGUGGCACCGCGAGCAUGGGACAUGUACGGGCCGAUGUUCCAAAACGAAUGGUGGGGAUGGAGAUACACCUUUGCGAUCGUGAAUCAUCGGGCAUUGACCUUAUGAAAACUUUUCAUCAGGAGUAGACAAUGGACAUGAAGAUGCAUGAUGAAAUAGGUUGUCACUAUGUCAUAUGUUCUUGUCCUCGGUUUUUUCGUUCUCCACCCUAUUAGAUAGAGUUGAGCGAGAAGAACAUGUACAUGAACAAGCAUUUUUGAUUUGGCUGACAAGGACAACAAAUAAGUAGCUGUAAUACGUAGAUCAAAACGAACAAAAAUUGAAAUUCGUGAAAAACAUGUUCUUCUCUAACCGAAGUGCACCAAGCAACGGCGCAAGCAAAAACGGCAUCGGUAGGCCAAGAAGAGAUCAUAGCUGGAAAAUCGUUCCAUCAUCCGGAUAAUAGUUUUUUCAGCUACGUCGUUAAGGUGGACCCUGAGAAUGGUGAACUGCCAUGGGAGCGGAAAGGCGGUGUCGCGGUUAAUACCAAGGCCCAUCCUUACGGUUGGUCCAAAAUCAGCACUUGAUCUUGAUGUUGAAAUGAGUACUAUCAGAUAGUGGUUGGUCCGAAAUCAGCACUUGAUCUUGAUGUUGAAAUGAUUAAGGGUACAAGAAAUCCAUCUUCACUGUCAUCUUGGUCCCGUUUUUAAAGGGAAAAGGAGACCCAAGACGCUGCUGAGGAUGGAUCUCCAUUAGUUCUAAAAUGAGCACUAUCUCAAAGUAAGUUACCGACUCCGGUCCAGGUAGUCAAGGAGUCCUACUCGGGAUAUCAAUCAAUCAAUCAAUCAAUCAGUCCAGUCCUUCGUCAUAUGGAGUAUUUCUCCUUCAUUUUUGUUCCUCCUUCCCUUCAUGACAACAAGGCGAGCGAAGUUGGUGCAGGCGCACGUCAAGCAUCGAAAAAGGUGGAAGAGAAGCCGCAGAAGGCUACCUUCGAUCCGUGGGCUUCCAAGCUACUGGAGGAAAUUGAGAAGCAGAAGAGGAAGGUCCAUGGGGAAGACGAGCGUAAAAAGGAGUUGUAGAGGGGGCAAGACGGUCAGCAGUCUGAAUUUUUCUAUGCUUAAGGCUCAAUAUAUUUCAUUUCUACAUUCUACAAGUCAUUUCUCCCUAUUUGUUUCCUUCUUAGGAUUGGCACAGGAAAUAAGAGCCAGAGUACCUCGAACAACAGCACCAGCAAACCUGAACUUUUGUACACUUUUGCAUCUUCAACAAAGUAAGUAACAUGUUCUGGUUAUGGUUAGAAACAGUAACAAGAAGAGAAUCAAUAUAAAGGGAAUGUAAGAUCUGAAUAUCAGUUAUAGCUUAUUUCCAAGAACUAGUAUUGGACCACGAGCACUUCUACAUUGAUUUGUCCAGCUCAGGCUUAUACACGAAGUGCUUCAUCAUGCCACUUAGACUUACACCAAAAAAACGACGAGUAGUUGUCCAAAACGACUGAGGACAGGUCAACAUC